AUGUCCUCUUCCAAAGGUCGCGUUCUUCUCGCAUACUCGGGCGGUCUUGACACAUCUUGCAUUCUGGCAUGGCUCAUCGAGCAAGGUUACGAGGUCUACGCGUUCAUGGCCGAUGUUGGCCAGGAAGAAGAUUUUGUUGCCGCGGAGCAAAAAGCCCUUAAAGUUGGGGCCAAAAAGUUCUUCCUCGAAGAUUUGAAACGUGAAUUCGUUACCGAGCUCAUCUAUCCAGCUGUCCAAGCCAAUUGCAUCUACGAGGCUCGUUCAUCUAACCUAUCACACCCUCGCUUUUUUAAUCUACAACAGAAUGUUUACUUACUUGGUACCUCCCUCGCUCGUCCAGUCAUCGCACGAGGCAUGAUUGAAGUUGCUGACCGAGAGGGUUGCAAUUUCGUUGCACACGGCUGCACUGGCAAAGGCAAUGACCAAGUUCGAUUCGAGCUUGCAUUCUACGGUCUGAAACCCGAUAUCAAAGUCAUCGCACCAUGGCGUCUUCCAGAGUUCUACAAUCGCUUCCCUGGUCGGCAAGCCCUGCUCGAAUAUGCUGCCAAAAGCAACAUUCCCGUCGUACAAACCGCUGCGAAGCCAUGGUCUACCGAUGAGAAUCUUUUCCACAUCUCCUAUGAGGCUGGCAUUCUUGAAGACCCCAAUACAACACCCCCCACCGAUAUGUGGAAGCUUACUGUUGAUCCCGAGCAAGCCCCCGCUACUGCUGAACGCAUCUCAAUCGAAUUCAGCGCUGGUCUUCCCACGAAAGUGACCACUACGGACAAGACCUAUACGGAUCCUGUUGACAUUUUCCUCGCCCUGAAUGCUCUCGGACGGAAACACGGAAUUGGCAGAAUCGAUAUCGUCGAAAAUCGCUUUAUCGGCGUGAAAUCGCGAGGGUGUUACGAAUCGCCUGGUGCAACAAUUCUUCGGGCAGCGCACAUUGACCUUGAAGGCCUCACACUCGACCGCAACGUGAGGGCGUUGCGAGACCAGUUUGUCACGGUUGCCUUCAGCCGGAUCCUCUACAACGGCCAUUUCUUCACGCCAGAACGGGAAUUCGUAACCAGUUCCAUUCCAGCGAGCCAGCAAACGGUAAAUGGACUCGUUCGCAUGAAAUUGUACAAGGGCAACGUGUUCAUUGAAGGACGUGAGAGCGAAGAGGGACUAUAUGACGAAAGGCAGAGCUCGAUGGACGAGAUGGGUGGCUUUGAGCCGACAGACACAACUGGAUUUAUCCAGAUCGAGUCCAUCCGAAUCAAAAAAUGGGCCCAGGCCAAUAUUCGCAAGGGACAGGCCGGCGUCACAGCGAAAGACGUGUAUGGAGCUCGUACUUGA